AUGAACAACAGACCUGUGGAGCAGGCACUGGCUACAUUGCUGCCGACCCAUGCCAAUGAUCUCCCUUCAGACCUCGUCAGCCUUUCGCUCUCUCUUGUGGCACAGUCGCGGAGUUUUUCGGCGAGUCUGAAGCCAGAAGAAGAGAUCGCGCGGCCAUAUGCCUGCGCUGAAAUUGCGUGCAAGAGACUUACUCGAACACUGAAGCUCCCCCCUCUGAUGGGCCACCCGCCAUGCCCGCCUCGUGUCUACAAAAAGCUAUACGCGUUCCUUGAUCGGUCUCUUUCGACGAGCAUCGCAGGACCAAGACGUUCAGGAAGCUUAUCGACACCGGGAACACCGUCGCGAUCCGCCUCUGGGCCAGCAACACCGACAAAGGACGCGAGGAUUACACGGACCCCUUCAAAGACAGCAGCGGCCACUCCCCGAGGGCUACAGAACACACCCACCAAACCAACCCCAUUAAAAACGACCUCAACCAUCCAUCCUACCCACUCCCGAUCUCAGACGCCCCAGAAACCCACCUACAUCCGUCCAAAUGGUCUUUCAACCUCCACGAUCAUCCCCGAUGCUCCAGCGUGGGUGAUGGUCUCCAUCCGGAAUGUCUGCAAGACCCUCUCGACUCCCGCCCCUCGGACGAACGAAUGGUCCCGACCACCGAUAUCGCGCACCCUGCCCCCUCACAUCUUCGCCGGCGUAUCAUCCGUCCUGUACUUCAUCUCCGGGGCGGCUACCAAUGGCGACGAGGACCUAGACGAGGAGCUGCUGGAGUUUCUCGAACCGGUGACGACGGCGAAAGACCCGGAAAACGACGAAGACUUCAAGGAGCUCGUCAACGCCUUGGUCGUGGCUGUCUACUUCCUUGCCCUUGCGCGCCGACGCAGCCCGGCCUCGGAGGCGGACGGCGAGCCCCGGAAACUGGACAAGAAGACCUUUGCGGAGAUGCGCCAGACCGCGCUUGUCAGUGUCGGCCUCCCGUCCACCGAGCGACGGCACCGCGACGACGUCGACCAGUGGAUUGCGCUGAUCAUGGAGCAGAACUGGGCGAAUGGGAAAGAGUGGUUCGAGAAUAUUCCCCGCGCGGGAGAGCUCGACGGUGAGGAUGCGUAUCUCUCGGGUGAUGGGGCGGAUGAGGAGGAGACCGUGUUGAUUGGUUGA